AUGACCAGUUCUUGUGUCCUCACGGACUGUAUGGACUACUACACCCUCUACAACAGCUGCCUCGUCCGCUACCCUCUGCCCACCACUACCACGCCCAUCAUGUCGAUCGCCAACUAUACCGCCACAUGCAAUGCUUUAAGUAACGCUGGAUCAGGGUUCACGUUCUCGGGCUUUACCGGGCUUCCCACCUCGACCGGGGUACACUACCCCAUCCCUUCUGGCACCGGCGGCUCUGGUUCUGGAAGCAACAACAGCAACAGCGGUUCAUCGGACAAUGGAAGCAGCAGUAACACGGGUCUGUACGCAGGAAUUGGAGCAGCUGUAGGAGUUGUCGUUCUGGGAGCCGCCCUGUUCUUUUGGCACCGUAGCCGUAAAAACAAGAAACCUGCCAAGUCUGCAGAGCUUCCACCACCUCCUGCAAUGCAGGCUGUUCAUAAUCAUCAUCAGCCACCUCCUCAACCUCAGCCUCCUCUUCCUGCGGUCCCUGUGCAGCACCAGUACAAUUACAAUCAAUCCCCCGCCCAGGCCGGAUACCAGCAGCAAUACCCGGAUCAGCAGAACCAGCUCCAACACCAGCAGAAUCCGUACCAGCAACAGAACCAUUACCAGCCUCAACCCGUCGUGCCUCAACAACAACAGCAGCAGCAGCAGCAGUACACCUCCCAACCUCCAGUUGUGACAAACUUCUAUGGCCAGGCAGGAGGAGGUACCUACCCAGACUCCAACGCUUACGACUCUAACCAACUGAACCAGGGUUACUACCCUACCGCCUCAACUGUUGCCCCUCUCCCUCAACCCGUCCCCUCUCCAACCUUCUCCCCUAACGAGUAUUACCAACAGCAGCAGCAGCAGCAGCAACAGCAGCAGGCACAACAUACUUUCAGCCCCGUCGUGACAACUUCAGGAAUUCACCAGCAGCAAGAGCCCAUGCCCAUGCCUGAACAGUCCAACCCCUACGGCUUGACCUCCCCCUCCGCCACCACAAACACCACAGCUUACUCCCCCGCCAUGACGACUUCCAACUCGACGUCUUACGAAACUCCCGCCUCCACCACCACCGCGUUUGCAUAUGAGGCGCCUGCAUUUAUCGUCCCACCGGUUUCUGGUGCAGGAGGUGUAAACAAGGUCUCGGCCCAUGGCCCCCAGGUGAUACAUGUCCAGGAGCAACAACAGGCUGCAAACUUCUCCAAAAACCCUCAGUAUGUUGAGCCUCAUAACACCAACAACGCCUACCACAACUAG